GAUACUCUGACACCUUGUACACGCCGGGUUCACUAAACAUCAGAGCUAGCGACUUGAUUCGUUCUCUUGUCCGGCUGCAGUAGGCGCCAAAGCCUUCACAAGUACCACCAACCCGUUUUCAGCACAAGGGCCCCCUAACGUCAAAAGUACAGACGACUGAUGAUGAGCUACCAGCAUUGGAAUACAGAUAAUGUGUGUCACUGGCUCCAGUCUAUGUCUCUGGGUGAGCAUUGCGUGUCUUUCCGUCGGGAGGCGAUUGUUGGAGCUGAUCUGACGAGCAUUGACACGGCCUACAUGAUUUCGCAUCUGAGAAUUUUGUCGCCCAUACAGCAGGCCGAGCUGAAAAGCGCUAUUGAUAACUUGGUGGGAUAUCAGGAUGUUACAACUCACGUAACGUUACGCGGACGUGCACCCGCAAGGGCAGCUUCGGCGUUAACACUGGGAAAGGGAGCAGAACCUCUCAUCGAGGUCUCGGCCCAGAACCUGCUCCACGAAGGAUGCCGUCACAGCGGGUGGCUACGAAAGCGCGGCAUCUACGUCAAAAGCUGGAAACACCGAUAUCACAUACUCAAGAACGGCUGCUUCUAUUACUUCAGGGACGAGAACUGCAAGUCAGCCAAGGGCCAGUUUUCCUUGAACAACUACCGUGUCCAGCUGUGUACGGGAGUGGCGAGUUUGCCAUGGUCUUUCCAGCUCGUCAACAGUGACAUCACCAAACGUACGUGGUACUUUGUCGCCUCCAGCGAGCAAGAACGGCGUACGUGGAUGGAGAUGAUUGAGAAGGACAUCGCCGCAUUCUGCGCCCCUGGGACGGUGCCUCGACCCUCUGUGGUGUCCGACAUAUUCAGCGACGACGAGGGAGACGGGCAGACAGACGAGCAAGUCGCCAAUGAAAUGUACGACAAGCCGUUUGACGAUUCCUCGCCGUUUGAUAAAACCGGUGACCUUGCCCCACCACCGAUCACCAGCCGAGACAAAUCUCUGAAACCUUCAAAUGCUCCGGGAAUGGUCCUACGUGCUGAGCCGUUGUUGCCGCCUCGUGGCAGCAUGUUUCCACCUUCGCAGCCACCGAAGCAGCAGGCACUGCCGCCACCCCGUGUCACAAACAACAAUAGUUCUAGUUUGAGAGGCAACAAUCGCACUCCGAUGUCACUCCCUGGUCGUCCCCGUUCGGUUACCGACGGCAGGAUGAGCAGUGACGACAGCAGUGAUGACGGUUACCUCCAUUUGGUGGAGGAGGAAAGACAAAGGGCAAUGCAACAACAUCCACCUACAGACAACGGUCUUUCAUCAAACAAGGCUGAUUCACUCGCACGCCCAAAGAAACGUAUCCUUGCUGGAUCAGUGAAGCUGCCGAGUAUGGCAAUGCAAGACACGCCACGCAAGCCUGCACCUUACCAACCGAAAGCGAACGAACCUCAAAACACAAACAUGCCACAACAACCGAGAUCACCACACGAUCCGAGAAGAAAACCGGUUCCUACUCCACGAUCGAAGCAGACCACCGUGGAACCACCCAGGCUUCCAGACCACGAAUUUGACGACUUCGGUGGUAAUCAGUGUGCCGCCAUGGAUGAUACCCAGGAUGUCCUCCCGAAGUCAGCAUUUCGAAAUGUCGAUCGAGAGGGUGCUGACCGUCUCCUGAGAGCCAAGGGUGUCGACGGGCUUUAUCUAUUGCGCGAAGGCAGCAAUGCUGGGUCGGACAAGGUGCUGACCGUGUGGACGCACGACCGUUGUCGUCACUACAAAGUCUUUUAUCAGGUAACGAGUGGAUAUUGUCUCACAAAGGGAGUCUCGUUUCCAUCCAUGGUCGACCUGGUUGAACACUACCGGCGUUUUCUCCUUCCGAAGUCAGACAAUAAGCUGUCUAGACCGCUUGUUGAUUAGAUGGAGUGUAGCUGUUGUCAGUGCUUGGCAUUUUAUAUAUUAAGGCUUUUCUAGUUUUUGCAGUAAGAUGGCAGGUUUUGUGCAUACUCUUUGUAACAUACAUUUGUAUUAUUUUAUUUACGAUUUUCAAUUGCUGGUGUAUUAGUAUGAGUUUCAUAGAACACUAGAGACUGACAGUCAGUCAACACUGGUGAUGUUGAUCCUUACCUUCACUGUCCCAGUUUCUUGCAGAGUAUGCGCACAGGUUACAUGGGAACGACCUUAGGC